CUUGCCGUUGUCAAUUUCAUGUGUGGCGAUCUGUCAAAAAAUAGAAAACGGGAUCUUUUAUACCGAUAGAACGAUAAGUAAUAUGUUUUUUAAAUUAAAAAUAGAUUGAGCUAGGCUUUAUACCAUGCGGUGGAACUUAUUGGUGUUAUUUACGCUAGUUUUGAGCGCGAAGGCGUGGGAUGACGGCGAUUUGGAGGUGUUCGACGUGGUCGAAGAAGUGAAUCAGAACUUUUACGAAUUGUUAGGUGUUACACAGGAUGCUUCCCCAUCAGAAAUCAAGUCUGCAUUUAAGAAGCUCACAUUGAAACUGCAUCCGGAUAAGAAUGAUGCUCCCGAUGCAGACGUGCAGUUCAGGAACCUGGUGUCCGUCCACAAUAUACUUAAAGACCCGGGGAAAAGAGAGAAAUAUAACGACGUGCUCAAGAAUGGUCUUCCAAACUGGCGCUCUGCCAUCUACUACUACCGUCACGUGAGGAAGAUGGGCCUGGCUGAGGGCUCCAUCAUCCUCUUCAUCAUCAUCACAUUUGGCCAGUAUGCUGUCGGAUGGGCAGCUUAUGCUGAGAAGAGGUUUACUGCUGAGCAAAUACUCAACAGUAGAGGUAAAAAGCACUCCAAGAAGUCAGGAUUUGACCAGGGCCUAUCAGAUAUCCUCGACCAGCUUCCCAAACCCAGUGUGAGAGACACGCUGCCGUUCCAAAUACCGAGGUUUACGUGGUGGCUGGUGACUGCCAUACCGAGGGGUAUCAUUGAACUGAGGAGACGAUUAAAAGAACAGAAGGAAGAAGCUAAGAGACAGAAAAAGAGGGAAGAAGAAGAGCGAGCCCGCGCAGACCGCGAGGCGGCGGCAGCAGCAGAAGCUAAGGCCGCCGGGGUGCGCAAGCGCCGCGCGUGGGUGCCGCCCGCGCGGGACGGCUGUCUGCUGGACCCGGCUGACGAGCCUGAAGGCGGACCUGUUGUUGUGCCUGUUAAGCAGUCACCCCCCGUCAUAACAGGCGGCCUUUGGACAGACGACGACUUGGCGGAGCUAGUCCGCCUCGUCAAGAAGUACCCGGGCGGCUCGCCCGAGCGGUGGGAGCGCAUCGCCGAGGCCAUGUGUCGGAGUGUGCCGGAAGUGACUCAUAUGGCUGCUAAGCUUAAGGAUAAUUGUUACAAGAUACCUGGACAGGAGCCUGAGCAGCCUGUUGUUGUGGAACCGCCUAAGAAGGUAAAGACCCGCAAGGCGGAGGAGACGAGCAGCGGCAACUGGUCGCAGACGCAGCAGAAGGCGCUGGAGACCGCGCUCGCCAAGUUCCCCAAGGGCGGCGCCGGCGACCGGUGGCAGAAGAUAGCUAAUGCCGUGCCCGGGAAGACCAAAGAGGAAUGUAUGCAGAGGUGUAAAUAUCUAUCAGACAUGGUCAGAAAGCAGAAACAGAAGGAAGAAGAAGAAGCACAGCAGAACGCGGACGGUGACGUCACAGAGCAACCAGACAACGAGUGAACGACUUGCAACCUUAUGUGUUAGAGCGUAAGGAGCAAUUUUACAAGCUAUACUUACAUAUGAUACCUAAUCAAUGUGAUAUCUUUUGUCAUGGUAACCGGUUUUAUUGUUUUGGUACCGCUGAAUAAAGUGAUGAAAUUAUU